AUGGAUUCGGACUUGGGAAUUGACACGGCGAUGGAGAUUCCAGUCACCGGCCGUCCACUUGAUAAAUCUCCCAACACGCCGUUACUCUUCAAUGGUGCGAAACCCUCAUUUCGAGACAUCACUCUUCUCUCGAAGCCCCUUCCCCCUCCGCCCCAAAAGCGCGAUUUGUUCAAGGAACAAAAAGCAAAGAUUAAGCUGAUUGACAACGAUCGAUUGAAGCCGGUCUUGGAGCUGGACCCUGAGUACUAUGCGUCAGUUUGCCGGCCAUACGAGGAUGGGCUGGUGGUCCGCCUAUUAGGUAAAAGAGUAUCAUAUUUCUACAUGAAAGAGGGGCUUAAGCGCCUGUGGAAGCCCCAUGGGCAUCUCGAGCUAAUUGAUUUGGCUAAUGGUUUUUUUAUGGUGAAAUUCACAAGAGAAGACGAUCGGGACACAGCCUUGAAUGGAGGACCAUGGAUGCUUUCAGGCCAUUAUGUCACAGUUCAGAAAUGGACUCCACAGUUUAAUUCUUUCAAUGAUGUGAUUGAAAACACUUUGGUUUGGAUUCGUUUUUCAGAGCUAAAUAUCGCGAUGUUCGAUGAGAACAUAAUGUUUUGCUUGGCAUCGAUGGUGGGUACGCCAAUUCGGAUAGAUCUCAAUACUUCAAAUGUUGAAAGGGGGAAGAGGAGUGGCAAACCGAACAAAAAUGCAGGCAAGGGAGAGGCGUCUUCUGUGCGUAGGGCUGUUCACAAGGAGCCUGUUAUGGAGAAAGCUAAUUCACAGAAACAGGUAAAACCUUCUACCUCUAACCGUUCUAACAAAGAGGGGCCUGGAAGCUCUCGAAAGGCCAUCCAAACACACCGGGUGCCUUUGGUUGAAAACGAACAGACACAUGCCUCUGCAAAAAAACGUCGUCAUAUAGGCAUAGAUAAGGGGGCUGUCCCUAAACAGACACAAGAUGUCACUUCUACCUCCAAAGGGUUUAUACUUGCCAACAAAUUUGAGUGCCUAAAUCCGAAGGCGGGGGACAUCUGUCGAGACAUGGGUAUGGAAGUUGAAGAUACCAAUGAAGGGCAGGAUUUGGAAGCCCACUCCAGACCACCUGAUGUUAUUACGGGAGACCGGAUUUAA